AUGGUGCAAGAACUCGAACAGGCCAACAAAGGAUUGGAAAUGUACAGGAAUGAGCUAGGAACGACCACGCUCAACCUGUAUAUCACCAACGAAGACCUAGAAUCAACCACUGCCGACCUGCAUAAUACCAACAAAGAGCUAGUGACAGCUCUAGGUGCAUUAGAGACGCAAGAGCAACUAAACUCAAAGCUGAGACACGCAUUGGCGUUGGAGAAAGAGAAAGCUAGACAGGCUGAUGAUGCCCAGGCAAAGCUGGAGCAGCUCAAGAAGCAUUGGUCGACACUGUUCAAUGUCGUCAGUGAUGAUGAGACCAAACAAUAG